AUGGACCGAUACGGAAGCAGGCCAAGGCAGGAGAUCAAGAUGCUAGAAUACGCUUGCGGACCAGGAGUGAUUUCGAUGACGCUGGCUCCUUUCUUGACCCAAGUUGUUGGUAUCGAUGUCUCCGAUAAGAUGGUGGAAGAAUUCAACAAGAAUGCCAAUGUAGUCGACAUGAGCUCCAGAAUGACGGGAUACAAAGCAGACUUGCUUUCAGAGCCCGCGCCACAAGAGUUCGCAGGACCAGAGUUCAGCAAUUUCGACGUUAUCACGAUUAGCAUGGCCCUGCACCAUUUCGAACACGCGGAUACUGCGCUGCAGAAGUUGGCGAAGCGAUUGAAGCAUGGAGGGGCGUGCUUCAUCAUUGAUCUUGUCCCUCAUAUCGAGAAGUGGGGCCAUGGUCACGAUCACAGUCACGGUCACAGUCACGACCAUGCGGAUAGCCACGAACACAGUCAUGGCCACGGCCCCAGUCAUGAGCAAAUGAUUCAGCGGGAAUUUGGGGACGCCGCUCAUACCGUCAAGACCCACGGUUUCUCCAAGGAUGAGAUGCAGAAGUUGUUUCAGGAUGCUGGAUUAAGUGUCAAGUUCGAUUACAAGGUGCUGCCUGAGCCACUGAUCUUUACCAAGGCGGGCAAGACGGUCGAGAAGACAGUUUUCAUUGCCCGUGCCCAGCUUGCGUGA